UUCAGCAACUGGCGUAUGGGACAGCAUGAGUGUUCGACAUGCCUUCAUUAGAAAGGUUUACCUUAUUUUAGCCGUCCAGCUGUUAAUCACUACUUCAAUCAUUGCGGUGUUCACGUUUGUUGAGCCUGUGCGUCUUUUUGUGGUCCAAAAUCCUGCCAUUUAUUGGGCAUCAUUCCCGGUGUAUCUUGUUACUUACCUUAUGCUGGUUUGCUGUGAGGGGCCGAGGAGACGUCAUCCAUGGAAUUUAAUACUCCUGUUCAUUUUUACCCUUACGUUAUCUUACAUGACAGGAACAAUAUCAAGUUAUUUUGACACCAAAGCAGUGUUCCUAGCCCUGGGGAUCACAGCAAUAGUGUGUAUAAUCGUCACAAUCUUCUGUUUUCAAACCAAGGUUGACUUCACCUCCUGUACAGGUCUGCUCUGUGCUCUUUGUGUGGUUCUUCUGGUGAUUGGCAUUAUCACAUCCAUUGUACUCUCAUUUCAAUAUGUAAGUGAGGCCAUUAUGUCAUUAUUUCAGUCAUUGCAGAUUAUUUGA